GGGCGGGGCCGGACCAGUUGGAGGGGCUGAAUUGAUGAUCCCGCUUCUCGCCCUUUGGCGGCUCCAAACAGCAGGCGACUUUGCCUACCCGCCUGCUCCCAGAUCCACACCGAGAGUCUCCAGGGGGGUGACUUUCCGGGUGCGGGCUUUGAGAUGGGGGAUGACGGGCCAGGAAGCACGGUGCAUCUGCUGUGCCUCGCAGCCUCUAGCGGGGUUCCCCUGUUCUGUCGGAGCAGCAGCGGAGGCGCCCCCUCCCGUCAACAGCUCCCUUUCUCUGUCAUCGGCUCCCUCAAUGGAGUCCACAUGUUCGGCCAGAAUCUGGAUGUGCAACUGAACUCCGCAAGAACAGAAGACACCACCGUAGUGUGGAAGAACUUCCAUGACAGCAUCACCCUCAUUGCUCUGUCAUCUGAGGAGGGCACCUCUGAGCUGAAGCUGGAAAGAAUGCUCCACAUGGUGUUUGGGGCCAUGGUUCUCAUUGUGGGACUUGAGGAGCUGACCAAUAUCCGGAAUGUAGAGAGACUGAAGAAAGAGCUGAGGGCCAGCUACUGUCUCAUUGACAGCUUCCUGGGGAAUUCAGAGCUCAUCGGGGACCUGACCCAGUGUGUGGACUGUGUCAUUCCUCCAGAGGGGUCUGUCAUGCAGGAAACCCUCUCAGGGUUCGCAGAGGCCACUGGCACAGCCUUUGUCAGCCUGCUGGUAUCAGGCCGGGUGGUGGCAGCGACCGAUGGCUGGUGGCGCCUAGGCAUGCCUGAAGCCGUGCUACUCCCUUGGCUGGUGGGGUCCUUGCCACCGCAAGCUGCUCGUGACUACCCAGUGUACCUGCCACACGGGAGCCCCACGGUCCCCCAUCGGUUGUUGACCUUGACCCUGCUGCGGGGCCUGGAGCUGUGUCUGCUCUGCGGGCCGCGCCCGCCCCUCGGUGAGCUGGACCCACAGUUGCUGGAACGCUGGUGGCAGCCUCUGCUGGAGCCCCUCCGGGCUUGCCUGCCAUUGGGCCCUAGGGCGCUCCCUGACGGGUUCCCGCUACACAGCGAUAUUCUUGGCCUGUUGUUACUCCACUUGGAACUGAGACGCUGCCUCUUUACCGUGGAGCCCUCAAAGGAUAAAGAGCCUUCCCCUGAGCAACGUAGGCGCCUCCUUAGAAAUUUCUACACGCUGGUGGCCACCACCCACUUCCCACCAGAACCGGGGCCGGCAGAGAAACAAGAAGAUACAGGCCACCCAGCCCAGACACCCAGGGCCUGCUAUCUUGUGCUAGGGCCAGGCAUGGGAUGGCAGCUGGUGGCUGUGCAGCUAGGGCUACGGCUGCUGCUGUUGAUGCUGUCCCCGCAGACUCCCACCCAUGGGCUGAGAAGCCUGGCCACCCACACUCUACAAGCCCUCACCCCGCUCCUUUGAUCACUUAGGGUGGGCAGUCAAUAGAUGGGGGUAAUAUUA